UGGCCAGCCUACAUGCUAUGCGAGUAGUCGCCGAACUCUUCCGAAAUUAAAAUAAUUAAUGUAAAUAUACUUUGCCUCGUGCAAGGAAUGCUUAAAAAAAAAAAAAAAAUUAAUCUUCACUCGCCUAGAAACGAGAAUUUAGAGCAACAAAACUUUUGGAACGAAGAACGAAUCGCUACAAGGCAUGCCUGGUGAUCAGCUGUUUCUAAAUGCACCUCGAAUAGACUCUGUGAACGAAUUACACUCAGCGACGCUUUAUCACAGGAUAUCACAGAUCUGUUAACGCAGUCGUUGGACCUCGAGCACAAAGUCUACGAAUUUCCGCUCCUCGGAUCCGAAGAAUAAAGGUACGUUCGCGCCGCACGGUGAUCUUAAUGUCGGCCUUGUCGCACAGCUGUCUUAAGUGGCUAUUUCCUCUCGUUACAUUUCACAUGCAAACGAUGCACAGCAGAACGGAGACGAAGUCGACGUCCAGACGUCGAGAAGAGCUUCGAAGAAGAGUAGGGUUCCUCGAGUCACAUUCCAGAAUUUAAAACACACGUGCACCCCCUCGAGUCGAUGCAGCAAUCGACAUUAUCAAUUAUCUCCUAUGUACCGAUAAGGCUGAUAAAGAGCCUCGUCGAGCUUACGUGCCAAACGCGUUUGUUUCCAGUGUCGACGAUAUCUCCAAACAGUGGAGCUAUCAUGAUUCGGGACCGAAUGCCUGAUUUAUGUGCCAAUCAGAGGAAUGGCGCCCCGUUGGCAGGGAGGUUCCUGCGAGACGUUUGCAUCCACGUCUCGCAUAACAAGAAGCUCGACAGGAUUCUGAAAGAAGUCGAAGACAUCCGUGCACUGAUUCAACUCAUCAGCGACAACGUCGUCAUCGUCAAGGCUCUGCACAACAAUGUCCUCUCGCACACCAACCAAGAUAUCCAGAACGAGUUGGAUACUCGGAUGUUCUCCAUUUCUCAGACAGCCUUUUGUGUUCACAACAAGCUGAAAGAUAUGGGAAAAGACAUCGAGUCUAUCGAUGAACCGACCAUUCAGAGUGCCAGGGAAGGUCCAGCGUACAAGAGAAUUAAAAUUUUGCAGUACUCGACAAUGUCUCGAUUGUUUAUGGAUAUUAUGCAGGAGUAUAACCAAUUGUUAAUGAGAUAUCAUGACAAGUGUUCAUUGCUAUUGCAACAACAGCAAAUGUUAACAAAAAAGAAUAUUACAUAUCAAGAGUUAAAUGAAAUGCUCGAUGCGCAGGAAACCAGUCUGUUUGUGGAUAAUAUAUUACAGGACACCAGAGAAAUAAGACAACAGUUGUCGGACAUAGGGAACAGACAUAAAGAUUUAUUAAAGGUAGAAAAAAAUCUCCAGGAAAUUCGAGAUCUGUUCUUACAGAUGUCAAUUAUGGUAGACAAACAAGGGCAGCAAAUAAAUUCUGUUGAGUACUUCGCUGGUGUUGCAACGGAUAAUGUGGACAAUGGACGCUUAGAUCUUCAGAAAGCAGAAAAGCUAAGCCAGAAGCACAGAAAGAGGAAAUGGAAACUGAUUAUCAUAUUUUGUAUUAUAAUUAUCUUUCUUCUGUUAAUUAUGAACUUUUUAUAAUUUCCAAUCUGUACCAACAUGUGAUAAAAAAAAAUGUACAUACGCAUAUCUUACAAUUAUUUUAACAGAGUAAAUAUAUUCGUCCAUA